AUGCAGGGCCACCGACCGGUAGUCCUCGGUGUCUCGGUCACCUUCUUCGUCGUCGCUAGCAUCUUCGUCGCCCUCAGAUUCGUGUCGCGAAUAUUCGUGGUGAGGCGGGUCGCGUUGCACGACUAUUUGAUGUUGGUCGCAUGGGUGAUUGAUUUUGGCUUUUCGUUCUCGUUGUUCUAUGCGACAGAUAAAGGCCUCGGGCUACAUGUGCGCGAUAUUCUCCCCGAGAAUCAGGAUGCCCUCAAUAAAGCCAACUAUGCCUUCACGGUUCUUUAUAACCCCGCGCUCAUGACUGUCAAAACUUCGAUUCUUGUCUUCUACUUGACUUUGACGCGCAACCAGAAAAUCUACCGAUGGGCCAACUAUGUCACGCUGGUAGUGGUGAAUGCCGCGGGCCUGGCCUUGACUCUGGUAAAUGUGUUUCAAUGCCGGCCCGUGGGUGCUGCAUUCCGUUCCUCCAUUCCGUCGUACGCGCGUUGUACCGACAUCCUCACGUUGUAUCUCUCGUCUGCGCCGGUGAACAUCAUUACCGAUCUGGCUAUACUGUUCCUCCCCAUGCCGCUCUUGACGAAGAUGCGCCUUCCAGUCAGACAAAAGGCGAUCUUGGUCAUCACCUUCGGCUUCGGUUUUUUCGUGGCGGUCGUCGACGUGAUUCGCAUUGCUUUCAUCCAACGGGCGGCAACUUCUCGGUAUGCCUCGCUAUCGUUUAUGUGGUCCGUUGUCGAAGUCAACGUCUCGGUGAUUUGUGGAUGUGUCCCGAGUCUCAAGCCCCUAGUGGCUCGACUCAUCCCGAAAUUGAUCAAAGACGCGGAUGAUUCGUUGAGUCGCAGCCCCAAUGUUCACUACGGGGCAGGCGAGAGCCCCGUCGCAAUGCCUCCGGCGGCCGUGGUACCAGAAGCUGGUGGUCCAGCGCCCUCAUCUUCACCUUCCGCAGGCAAUCAAUUCAAGCCAUCGCAGAACGGCAACGAUAGCCUUUCAACCCGCCGGAGCUCAAAACCAAUGGGAAUGCUGGAUUUUCUGGGCCAUCCCGAAACAGGACCCCACGACGCCGAGGCCAACACUGUUCAAACCAGCGCAUCCUAUCCACCGGAUAUCACCUUCUUCGAUUUUGUCAAUAUGAAAAAGCCCGAGAGUAUGCUCAAGCUGAACAACCGAGAAUCCAUAGCGCCCAUAGCAUUGACAACACUGCUGUUUUUCCUGUGGGGAUUCGCCUACGGUUUGCUCGAUAUCCUGAACGUCCAAUUUCAGAAGAUCGUCCAACUCGACUCGUGGCACUCCUUCGGGCUACAUGGCGCCUACUUUGGUGGCUAUGCCGUAGGUCCGCUGCUUGUCGGUCGGCCCGUCUUGAAAAUCUGGGGCUUCAAGUCCACCUUCAUUACUGGCCUAUGCAUCUACGCUUGCGGCUCUCUGAUCUUCUGGCCCUCUGCGGUCCUCACAUCGCCAGCGGCGUUUAUUGUUUCGAACUUUAUUGUUGGGUUCGGCCUUGCGAUCCUGGAGGCGGCAGCAAAUCCGUUUAUUGCGCUGUGUGGGCCACUUGAAAAUUCAGAGAUCCGUCUGAAUAUUUCCCAAGGCGUGCAAGCUGUUGGGAGCGUCGCUUCACCGUUGCUGGCCAAGAAAGUUCUUUUCAAGAGUGUCCAGGAUGUCGCUUCGCUGGUCGAUGUGCAAUGGACGUAUCUUGGCAUCGCUCUCUUUGAUGUCCUGCUGGCGGUGGCUUUCUAUUACCUCCCGGUACCAGAGGCAUCGGAUGAAGAUCUGGACGAGCUGGCGAACCGACGCCGAGAGGACAACAUGACUACAGUCGUCGGAGUUCCCGUGGUCUGGUUGACUCUCGCGCUGGGGGUGUGGUCGCAGUUUUUCUAUGUGGCUGGACAGGAAGCGCUCUCAACCAGUUUCGAGCGCUUCGUCAUCGCCGCCCGUGAUGACUCUUCUCUUGGGCCGUUCGAAUUCUUGACCAUCGGCCAUAGUCUGUUUGCCGUUGGCCGAUUCCUCGCUGCCUUUGCACAGUGGUUCUUGAAACCGCGCUGGAUUCUUCUGGUCUCCUACGUGGGCAUGAUUGUCUUCUCGGUCCUUUGUAUGAAGACCACCGGUCCGGCUGCAAUAGCCAUGGCCCAGAUGGUCUACCUUUUCGAAAGCGGCGCGUUCAGCAUCAUCUUCGCCAUCUCCUUGCGUGGAACUGCCCGCCACACCAAGACCGCAGCCGUUCUCCUGACCACUGCCGUCACAGGCGCCGUCUGGUCUCCCUUCGCCAGCUACGCAGCUUCCCGGAUCCACGGUGAAGCGUAUUCGUACUGCGUUCUUGUGGCAAUGUUCAGUGCCGGUGCCAUUUUCCCGCUAUACCUCAACUUCGUCCCCGCCGUGAAGAGGCAGGUCGACCCUGUACCCAACGAAUACCUCCGCCGUCACCGCCGUCGCUCCCGUGCCCCGGUCGACUCCAUGCCUCGCAAGAAAGAGAACCCGUCCAUCGGAGGGGUGCUAUCGCGGCGCCGCAGCCUCCUCGCAGACCCAGACCCCGUGCCCGAUCUCCAUCUUCCGGAAGAGACCCAUGCCAGCCCGCUGUCUCGCGGUCUUCCGGCGUCCAAGUCUAGCUCGAGUUCGCAGACAGGGUCGAAUUCGUCCCGGGAGGUUGCUUCAAGACAGCGAAAUUUGGAUUGA